UGUGACGUCACUCGAUCAACCCUUAUAUAAACGCGGCUAACAGUUGCCACCUGGGUGGUAUUCCAGAGGGUCGAAGCAGGAGCAUGACGUUCGAGGCUCCUAACCCUACUUCUGUUAUCACGUGAUGUAGUGCUGGGAUAGAGGAGAAUCUUGGAAUGGAUCUGGCACAAUAUGGGAUGGAUGAAGAAAUAACAGUAACAUCAAACUAACGCUGAUCCCAUUUUGGCGACAGAAUGUCAUUCGAGAAUGGACCCUUCAUCUUUCGCAUCAACGAUAAUGGCUGUGGACCUAAUCUUCUCGUACAGGUUUGCAUUGAGAGAGGUUGGAGAGAGUACAUCGAGAGUGGGGUUCUCAAAGAUAAUUGGAACCUAUGGUGGAGGACUGGAGGAUUCCCGAUAUCCCAUUACAAACAGCUCAAACCCUGGCAGUUCACCAACCAUAUACCAAAGGGAUCGUCCAUUUGCCGUAAAGACAACUUGUCAAGAUACUUGAAAUGUAUGAAGAAAGUCUUUGGAAGCAUUUACGAUUUCAGCCCAGAAGCAUUCAACCUACCUCUGGAAUACACCAAACUAGUGGCCGAAUGUAGCAGGCAGAAUAGGAAUAACUACGAAGACCCUUCCAAUGUCUGGAUUUGCAAACCUGUUGGCCUGAGUCAAGGACGUGGGAUAUCCCUAUUUAAGAAACUAAGCGAACUCGUCUACGACUCGAACGCAGUCGUGCAAAAGUACGUACAAAACCCACUGCUAAUCGGCGGUUACAAGUUUGAUCUCCGGUUAUACGUGUGUGUGCCCUCGUUCCAUCCUCCGGUCAUCUAUCUCUAUCGCGAGGGAUUAGCUCGCUUCAGCACCGACAAGUUCUCUCUCUCUAAUUUGGACAAUCCGUUCGCGCAUCUCACCAACACUUCGCUCAACAAGAUGGGUCCGAGGUACACCGAGAUGAAGGAUCGUAUUGGGGCAGGCUGCAAAUGGAGCCUGAAACAGCUGCGUUACUACAUGAACCAAUCAGGAAUGGACGACUGGUUGCUAUGGCAACGCAUCCUCUCAUUGGUUGUCCUGACAGUGGUCAGUCAGCUCAAUAACGUGCCAGCCUCAGCCAAUUGCUUCGAGUUUUACGGAUUUGAUGUGCUCGUGGACUCAGCCCUUCGGCCCUGGUUGUUAGAGGUGAAUCUGAGUCCAGCACUAGGCAAUCACUGCGAUGUAGACCCGGCCGUAAAAAAGCCCAUGCUACAUGACAUGUUCGACCUUCUGGGACUUCCCGUAUGCUGUACGGGUCUCUCACUGUUCACCAUAUGGUCGGCCGGUGUGUGUGGUACUUGCACCACUUUCAACACCACAGAGAGCACCACGACACCACCAUUGGACACCACAAAGGAGGUGGUGAGGAGUGGGGAGGAAAAGGAGGAGGUGGAGGAGAAAUUAAGUAGUAGUGGAGUGGUGAAACCGAGAUCAGCCUCUCAGACAACGUUGACAGUUGUCACAAUGGCCAACAGAUGGCGUAGGAGACAACAGCAGACUGCUACGGUACAUAACGGAGGGGGGAGUAGUGCAGUCAGCCGCAGGAAAACUGCCAACUCAGCAAAUCCCAGCGCUACCACCAGCGGCCGUGUCAAAACACGUCAGAUCAAAUCCGCCAAGGUUACCUCAAUGCUGCCAACUGUGACAAUCGGAGACGACUACAGUGGAGACAGUAGUGCCAACGAAACCAUCAACGAGAUCAUUUCCUCGAAAAAAUCCUCCACGACAGCUCGGAAACCCCGCAGCUCGCCUUCGGUGAUGUGGGGUAACGGCCGGAACUGGGACAACCCCCCCGCCCAGGAGGGGGACUGGAUGCGGGUUUAUCCACUAGGGGACAAAAACAGGGUUGGCAGGACUGUUUUGUGGGAAAACGGACAUGAUUCGGGGCACACUGUGUAUAGUGAUAGGGAAAUUCGUAGUGUGGUGAUUAACAUGAACAAACAUCUGAAAUGCGCCAAAGAAGUGUUCAAGAAACAGGUGAAUGGCACCGAUGAGAGCCGAAAUGAUGAGUUGGCAAAAUUGUUGGGGCUCAAGUGUGAUUUAUGGCUGCCUAAUAAAUAAUAUUUUAUGAAUUGUAUUGUAAUAAACAAUAAACAACGCCAUAGAAAUUGAAAAUAUGUAUAUAGCCCACAAAAACUGUUAUUUUUAGUAAAGUAUUCUGCUAGGGCUACUUAAAUUGUUUAAUUAUAAUAGAAGCUACCCUCUUCAUAUUUUUUCAUAAACAAAACAAGUUUUGACUUCUUGGGCACUCAUGCCAUUUCACUCAACUUUUGAAUCUUUAAAACGGCAUGAGUAUUCAAAACUAGAUGUGUUUAUAUGAAUUAUAUCGUUUUAAUGUGGUAUUGACAACAUCAACGUCUUAUUCUUUCAAUUAUGGAGAAGUACCACAACAUCUCAUACCAUACAAUCAAAUGAAUUAUAUCAGAUUAUUAUGUUCGGCAUCUAUGCACUCCCUCCAUCUUCUACGUUUGUAUUUCCUUACUAACUCCCCCCUCUCACUUCUGCUUCUGCUACCCUCUUUUUCCUGCUGAAAAUUAUUUUCAUCCUCCUAGGUUUUCUCUAUUCAUACCCGUUUCAUCAGAGAAGCUUUGAUAUGAAUCAAUAGAUAGUCGAUGGAGUGAAUGAGAUUCAGGAAUUAGAAUAUGAACUCUGUUGAAAAUAUAAUUGAACUUUGAGUCUUGGAAAAAUCUAUUUUAUUGAUAGAAAAUAUAAAAAUGUUUGUAUGACGAGUGAGUUUGUAAAAGUGAGUUUUGAAAAUUUGAAAUACUGUAUGUAUCGAGGAAGAUUUUAUUGAGUUUAAUUUUAAUUGUAAAUAUGGAAUAAAUAAAGAAUUUUAGAUAUGUAAAUUAUAGCAACUAAUAAUAUUAUGUAAAUAGAGAAGGAAUUUAAAAUAGUUUCAUUGAUCCUUGUUUUUUUCAAUAAAUGUGAAUAUAGAGAUGAGUAACGAAUAGGAAUUGAGAAUAUAUGUGGAGAAAGGAUAAAGUGAAUUAAAAAAUAAUGUAAAUAGCAAAUUAAUUUAUUGUGAAUCUGAAAAUAAAAUGAAAGUUAGUUGAGUAGGUAUAAACAAAGGGGAAGGAGUGGUUGUAGAUACAGUAAUAUAGGCCUCCAGAUUGCAAUAAUGUAA